AUGAACCCACAUCCCGUGCAUCCGGUCACCAUGCUAUAUGUGCCAGAGGUUCUCAAUCUUGACAUGUUCCAGUCGGCUUGGAACCAGACGCCAGCAGUUAUCAGCACACGGGAGAGACGACUGUUCGCACCACUUCUGCGCAGAGCGCAGCAGAGCCGAGAGGAAGUGUUUGGUUGGCUUCGAAUAUUAGAGCAGGAAUGGGCAGAGAACGAAUCAGAAGAGCUUAAGCUUGCACUGUGGCUGACUGUUCCGUACAUGGCAUUGCCAGCGUGUUUGCUGACUGAGAUUCUUGGCCACCUUGUUGAUACGAAUGUGUAUGUGCAUCAGUACGCGGCUAUGCCUGUACAGUUGGCAGUUCUGCGUCCUUUGUGGGUCGUUGAAGAUGAUGAUGAUCGCGAUGCCUGUAAUCUUUCUUCACUGCAAUGUCGGUUGGAGGACACGGCUCGCAACCAAAAGAGACUUUACGAUUAUGUCCGUCGUAUCUGCGGCAAUAUCGUGAGAUGUAACUUCAUGCUUGCCGCAGGCCUGCAUGUGUUAAAGCAACGCGCACGAACUGUGCGGUGUGUUGGCUAG